UGAUCGGGAAUGGAUUUGAUCUUUCAUCCGGAAAAGGGCUCCCGUUUCACCAUUGAAGUUGGCUACUUCGACACCGUGUUGGAGAUAAAGGAAAAGAUCCAGAAGCUCCGGCGCAUUCCCGCCGCCGCACAAACCUUAGUCUUCGCCGGGGAGGUGCUCCCGGAUGACCUCGACGUCCACCACUCCGACAUCCUCCACAACUCCCACAUUCGUCUCCUGGUCUCCAGCGAAUCCCCUUCGCCGUCUCCCCCGGCGGCGCGCAAACCCAUCCGCGUCUCCUUGAAAUUCCGGGGGUCCGACAAACCUGGCGUUUCACUGGAAAUGGACGCCUGCGACACCAUCCGGGCUUUGAAGGAGAGAAUUAAUAAAGAAACGGGGGGAACUCCGGCGGCUGGUCGCCAGGUAGCGGUUUAUGUAAACGGAACGGAGUUGCUGGAUGCCCGGACUUUGGGUGAUUACGAACUUGCCGAAGAUUCGGAAAUAGAGGUGGGCGCUAAUAAGGUGAAGCCUUCUCCGGCGACGUCGUCCGGCUCGUCUGGAAACGCAAGCGGGAGUGGGACGAAGAAGCUUCUCCGGGUUAUGGUAUUGUCGAAGUGCGGGACGAAGAAGUUUGCGGUGGAUGUGAAUCCGGCGGAUAAGGUGGGAGAGCUGAGGAAAGAGCUUGAGAGGUUGAAGGAGGAGCAGGAUUUGGAGCUGCCGGAAGAAGGGUACUUCUUCAUCUACAAGCAGAACGUGAUGGACGAUGAUCGUUCAUUUAGAUGGCACAGUGUGGGCCAGAGUGAGACCAUUGAGAUCUUUAAUGGGAGCGUCUCAGGGGGGAAUUGAACCAUGCAUAAUAAUUUUACAUUUCACUUUUGUUUUAAUGUUUACUUCGAAUUUUCUACUCACAAUACAAGGAUAGAUCGAUGUUGUAUAGUAUAGCACUAUAGCCCUAUGAAAGAAUGAACACUAUUAAAACUCUUUCUAAUG